GCGGCUGGGAGGCGAGAUUGUGCUGCUAUAGAAGAUCCAAGAUAUUUACAUUAUGACGAAGAGGAAAAAAAGUUUUUGAGAAUUUUGAUGCUAUAAUUAUUGGCGUAUUGCGCUCCAUUCAGAGUCAGUGUAGUGAUAAGUCAUACGAUGUUUACGGAGAAGUGAUGGCAAAUCGAAUUCUUCGAUAAUAAGUAGUAUCUAUUUUUUUUUGUCUGUUGAAUGUAUAAACAUCAUCAUGUCCAAAAGAUUCGGCAAAGCAUUUGACAGCGAUUCUUCACCGGCGAAGAGGGCCAAAAUUGGCAGUCCUCUCGGCGCUGCUGAAAAUGUCUCGAAAGAUAGGAAGAACAGAUUUAGCGAUGGUUCGCGCCGAAAUACCAACGAUGAUUUAUGGGGUGACGAUUUUGACGAAAAUGCUAUCGAAGAAAUGGACUUUAUUGCGUCUCAAGCGUGUUCUCAAGACGUUGACGCUGAUUGCAUAGAGACAAAAAUAAAUCUCAAUGUGAAUAGAAAGGCAGCUUCGGCAGUUGACAGUAGCGAGGCUGAAAUAGGUGCAGGGCCUUCCAGCAGCUCCAGAGCAUACGAGCGACGUCCCGUCGAUACCAGACUCAACCAGCUCAGACAGCAACCAGCAGCAUCCUAUUCAAGGAAUAAUCGUCGUUCCAUCGAGAAUGAGGAGCGUCUUCAUUCUCAAAAAAUAUCUUCUUCCGAAAACCUCAGGGAGUUGGGAAUGAACGAUAGUUUGAUGGCUUUCGAUGACUUUAAAUCAAAUUUACUUCAGAGACAUAACAUCAACUCUACUUUUUGUCCAAAUCCCGAUGUAGUGCUUGUUCCUGAUGAAAAGAACAUCAGACGGCUGGAAAAGUUGGAACAGGAAAAUAAAAAACUGUUGGACGACUUUAUGACCAAAGAGGGAGAAACAGUAUUUUUACGAAGUCAGCUGCAACAGACUCAAUUACGAGCGGAAAACGAAAAACUCGAAAAGGCUCGUUUUAUUGAGGAACAAGCUAGUCGUCACCGAGCCGAACUCGAUGCUUUGCACAAAGAGAAAGAAAAUCUUAAGACGCAAAAUGAAUUUCAGGCUCUACAACUGGGAAGUUUGAUGGAACGAUGCAAAUUGUUAGAAUCAGGCGCUGUGAAAUUAACUCAACCACAAAAAGCCGUGAUGAGCGCCGAAUCACCCAAUCGAAGCCGAUUCGGUCAACUGAAUCGUUCCGUUGCUGCUGUGAAGACGGUCAAGGUCAGCGAGAUUAGCGUCCAAACGAGUGGUUUUUCUGCCACAGACAGAAUUCUCAAAACGUUGCUACAUCAUUAUCCUCUCGACUCCAUACCACAAUCAAUAUUCGAGCCCUCCUUGCCAGAAAAAUCGGUUGUGGAUAUCCAAAUAAUUGAAAAAAUAGGCCGAAAAAAUUUGCCAAUAUUGCAGGAAGAGAACACUUUUCGGAUAUUUGAAAAUCCCGUUUUGGUGAAGCCCAUCGUGAGUACGGUGAACGGCAGGACUUUGAACGUUGAAUUUUUUCUACCCGAUAUCGCCGUGAUGAUGAAAAAAACGAGUACAGAAAUAAACUCCGAGGAUUGUAUACCAAUUGUUAAUAAAAUUGUUUCCGCGACACGAGAAUUAUUCCUCAAUUCGACAAUCGUACUGGAAACGAUAUUUGCUGCGAUGAAAAACGACGAUAUCAGAGACAUGAACGAUUUGUAUUUAUCUGAUUUUUACGAUAAUACUGUGGAAUACGACAAAUCGAUCUGCGAUUCAAACGUGUGGUAUGAGAAAGAACGAGGAAUCGAAGCGAGAAGGGCCAUGGCCGUGCUCUCUUACGUUGCCAAAGUCUCCAAUUAUCUCUGCGAAUACAUAACCGGUAGGAGUCGAUUAAUUACCGACAAAGAUCGCGAUUUUUCAACCUACAAUGAUCAGAUGAUCCGGUACAAUUCCUGGGCCAAGAAAGACGAACCUUUCGAGAUGUUGGAGAUGAUUUUAGAUUUCGUUACUGCUCUCGGUUUGGUCAGAAGAUCGCACCAAUUUAGCGGUUUGUUGUGCGCGAUUGCGAGGAUGUUGUGCAGCGUGCAGAGGAGAGUCGGCUUCUGUCCCAGAGGAUUGGAGUACGUUACGAGAAUAUUCAAGGAAAUGGUUUUCUCGAGGCCUCUACUCCGGUGCUUCCCUUCCCUAACGGUAAUGAUGGAGACAUUUUGUAAAUCGAGAAUAUUCGGACGGAGCCUUUGUUCUUCUCGUUCGAAUGUAAAAAUAUGGAACGGGGCUUUGCAUUUCACGUCAGAUGCUUGCUCGUUGGAGAUCUUCAUGUCACAGAUCGAGCGGUUUCGCCUCGAUGAUGCAACGACGAUCUGCAUGAGCGACUCUUUUCUCUCGAGCGUUAAUCUUGUGAUCGUCACUGAAAGUAUAUCGUGGGUAACGGAAUCGUCCACGUCGUGCAAUUGUUGUUCGAGCAUUCUCUCGUAUGCGAUAACAUUGCUCUGUCAAUGUUCGAAAAUUAAUUUGAAUCGAGCAGAUGGUAAAACGAAGCGGAGUGGUGGUGACGAGCUCUUUUGGACGAAUCUCAAAAAAAAGCAAAUGAACGCGUUGAAAAAAGGCAUCAAAUUUCUGAGUUAUCUGGCGAAACGAGAGCCCGAUUUCAUAAUGAGGGUUUCCGACAUCGAGGACUCUUUUCACUUGUUCAUGCAGCACGUUACGACUUUGGAGGGGCUACAGCUUCACGAGAAUGAGCAAGAGGCACUGACACUUAUAAAAUUGACGUUAUCCCCGGAGAGUCAGGCCUUAAUUGAGCGACGUUCUCAACAAUCUAAACAAAUAUUCAGUAUUAAAAGCGUCUUUGAGGAUAAGCCAUCACCGAGCGCCUCAAGUGGUCGAUGGUUCCAAGUGGAUAACGAAAGUUUGUCAGAUCGAUCGUUUGCCAUGUAUGCGGAAGUUCUGAAAACUUAAUGCAGCGUCAACAACCUCGAAUCGUGGCAAUGUAAAUUCCUCAAUCGGUUAAUUCUUCUUCAUCGCUAAAGUACGAUUUAACCUUUUUGAAACGUUUACGAGGGAUCGAUGAUUCCUGUUGCAAGUGUUCGACGUAUCGACCACUCGCUACUUCGUACCUGUAUCUCUCAGACUCCAUUUCUUCUUGCUGCGGAGAAAAAUAAAACUAAUGUUUUUCAAUGUGUCAA